AUGCCGCCCUCGCUCCUGUCGCUCCCCGACGAGCUUCUCGACCCCGUCGUCGACCAGGCCGCCGGGGAGUACGCGCCGAGGCUGUACAAGGAGCGUCAAGAAACCUGUCGGGCCCUGUCGCUCGUCAACAAGCGCGUCGGCGCUCUCGCGAGCGCCAAGCUCGUCGAGGUCGUACACGCCUUUGCGUUCACGCCGUUCAGCUUUCGGGCCCGGCUCAAGCCUCAGCAGGUCCCUCGGCGCAACCGCGUGAGGACGCUCUGGCUCGACGGCGUCGGCUUGAACGGUUCAGUCGACGGCUUCCUUCCGUUCGCCGCCGUUCGCGACCUGCGGCUCACGGGCUUCCGGGACAUGCGCCUCGAGGACCUCGGCCUACUACCAGAGCUUCGCACGCUCCUCCUCUCGCACGGCAACUUCUCGAGCAACGAGGGCUUGAGCGCGCCCAAGCUCGAGCGGCUCGUCAUGCACUACUGCGUCGACUCGCGACUACGGCGCCAGGCCGAGAGCUUUACCGCCGCAGGCUGCCCCUCGCUCCGCCACCUGUACCUCGGCGUGCCGCACGAUGGGCGACCUUGGCCAUGCUCGCAAGACCUCAUCGACCAGGUCGACACCCUCGGCUCGACCCUCAUGGAUGAAGUUAGCGUCAGGUCGAGCUACAGCGCCCUCGCCAUGUCGGACAUCGCGGUGUCUGACAAGGUGCUCUUCGACCUCGACUUCGAGAAGGGCGUACCAGGCCAGCCCGCGUCUCGAAUCCGGCACGUUCGUGUGCAUGCCGAUGUGUACACACGGCCGACAGACUGGUCCGAUCUCGCCGACGACCUCGUCCACGGUUUCCCCUCGCUCCAGACCCUGUACCUCCCUCUCGCCGUCGACGUCUCGUGCGUCAUGCUCGACCGCAGCCUCCUCGACGCCAUGCGCAGGCUCGUCGCCGGCUGCGAGCGUGCUCGCGUCGUCGUCGUCUACGAGCACGCGAUCGGCGCAGACGGGCCGGGCGAGGACCGAGCGUCGCCGCACUUCGAGGCGCGGUGCAGGCGCAUAAAGGCCGAGCGGUUGGCGGCGCAGGUCGCCGAGGUCACGCACGACGGCGCGAAGACGGCGUGA